AUGGCGCCAUCGCGAGAACCUCGCCCGCUGCUCUGUAGCACGUCGUGUGGAGCGCGCGUGGUGAGCAGGGGCAGAAACGAAGCGUUUUCGCGUCCUUUAAGAGACCAGCUUCUCUUUUCUUCCCUCCUGGACACGAGCUUUAAGACCAAGGGCGGAGGCAGCUUCGGGCUCCUCCGAGAAGAACUGGAGGUGACCAAGGGCAAGCUGUUGAUGAAGGAAGAAAUGUGCGAUCAGCUCAUUCAGGAAAACCAACAACUGCUAAAGUCUCUCCAGACUCUGCGCCGAGAAGAUACGAACCACUUGCACCAAGUCAAAAGUGAAGCUGCCGAUGUUGUCCAGAAGCUCUUGGAGGAGGAACAGCUGCUCCGGGAGGCGAAUGCAGCGAUGCAAGACAAAGUCUUCAGAUCGAGCGAAUCGCUGAAACACAGACAGGCGCAGCUACUGGCGGCACAGACGAGCCUAAGCGAGGCAGAGGACCAACUGGGAGCAUUGAAGAGAUUUGCAGAAAGCUUGCAAGAUCAGUUGGCGCGCCUCGAGGAAGAGCGAAAUCAGUUGAGGACCUCUUACGUGGACAUGAAGAAGGCCGUGCAGGUGUUUGCAAGGAACAUCGCUGCAUGCGAGUUCAUCAUUGAUGGCCACUGCGACUACGACGCGCUCGUGCGGACUGUGGGAAACGGCAUUCGACGGCUUGAGGUGGAUGUCCUCACCUUAGAUGCCCAGUUGUUCAAGAAAGGUCUUUUGACAGAAGUUCCUGCAGAGCUGCUUCUCAAGCCUCUCGACGAGCGAAUGGUGCCGACGACAGAGGUGGAGAAGGCUCAGAGAGGCCGGCGUCUGUGGCAGAACAGGCACGAGAAGGUCGAACGCAGGCUUGCACAGCAAGAGGCAGAAAUCCGAAAACUGAAGGGGGACGUGGACGACAAAAACCGCCGCAUUAUUCAGCUGCGACUCCUCGUUGCAUCCCGAAAAGCGAAGGAAGAAGCGCACGAAAACCUUGGAGAUAGGUACCGGAAGUUGCUCGAGAGAACAGAGAAGGUUGAGAAGGAAAGAGAUGAGCUGCGGAAGUGGAAGGCGAACCAUAUUUUUUAUCAGCGCCAUGUGGCUUCUGCGUCUCGUAGCGCAGUGGGUUCGCCGGCUCGUGCAGCGACAUCUGAGGCAGCGAAGAAGCCCCGAGCGGCGUCCACUCGCGGCUCGUUUUCUCCUUCUCCGCGGCAUCUUUCUGUUCUUCAAAACGCCGUCCCAGAUCGCGCCAAUCCGCCAUCGUCUCGCCUCAGCACGGGUCUUCUCUCCCUCCCUUCUGAUCAGUCGCGAAGACGGCUCUCUGUGUCUCGCGCCGAGGCGGGGAAGAGUGCACCCAAAAGGGCGCCUUCCAGUGCAGCUCUGGCGACGAGAAUGAGGGCCUCCGGGGGAGGUUCGGUGCCCCUGUCAUCUCCUCUUUCUUCGGCGUCUACAUCCUUUGCUGCAGCUGCGAAAGGCCUCGCGAGAGGCAGCGCUCUUCCUCAGCUGUCCAGAACGGUGCCGACACCGCAGGCGACGCCCAGAGGCUCCCCAGUAUCGCGACGAAUUUUAGCCUCUCCAGAGCAGCCACAGACGCGAGAGCUCUCUCGAGUCCUGGGCGCGGUCGGUGACGCAGGCUCAGAGUCUGCGCGGGGCUUCCUCGGAGACGCUGUUGGUGGCGAGAAAGAGAAGGACAAAGAGAGAGAGAGAGAAAAGGAGAGACAGAAAGAAAAGGAGAGAGAGAAGAGACAUGAAGCCGAGGUUGAGAAGAAGGGGAGAGAAGGUGGGAGAGAGAGCGGCGUUUUUCCAGGGGCCUCGCUGGCAGGUUGGGGCACACGCAGAGUGGACGAGGAGCUCGAGAGAACGCGACGCGAGGCGGAAGCUCUCCCGGACCUAGGCAGCCGGAGACAGUCUCCAGAGUUUGGGGUCGGUCGCAAAAGCUCCGAGAAAGAGACACGACAUCUGCACCUGCACGAGGAGGCAGAAGCGGCGCGCAAGGAAGCCGCGCAUCUCAGGGAUCUCUCCGAGUUUCUCGAGUCGACUCCCGUCUCUCUUCCGCCGCCACCUGGUCCGCGGCUGAGUCAUCGAAGCCACGGGGGAAGUGGACGCGCGGAAGCGUCCAAGGCGAAGGGAACGCGUCGAGGGCGACCCAGCGUCGCGUCUGUGUCUUCGCUACGGAAGAAACGAUUUUCGUUUACUUCGCCGAGUCAAACGGUGGCGAGUCUCCUCGGAAAAACGCGAACAGUUGCCGGCCCUGCCUUCCAGGCCACCUCUUCCCGAAGCUGGGUCAAAGGGAGAGAAGAAGAAGAAUCGGGCGCCGGAGCCUGGUUCCCCCAGAAAACCUCGCAGACGCCCCUGGAGCCAGAGGAGACAAAACGUGUGGGGUCACCUCGCGGUCCUGUGGGGUCACCUCGCGGGCCUGUUGGGUCCCCGGAAGGGGCAAGGGCCUUCUUCGGGGGGGUAGGGCCCCGCGGAGUCGAAGGAGACGUGGAGCCCAAAGGCACUGCGGAGACGGCGCUCGCGACGUUUGGGCGGAGACGCCUCCAGGAGACGUACGGAGACAGUUACGGAGACAGCGAAGUGCGGCUGCCGAGGAGUCUCGACUUGACGCAGACCGAGAGACACAGGGUCCGGCACGCCGAAGAGAAAUCUGGGAAAGCCCCCAGCGACGCGACUCGCCUCACAGAUUCCAUUGUGGGGCAUCGAACGCUCGCGUUGAUCGCGGGGCGGGUCCCCAGAAUGGAGGCUGUGGCCUCACGCUUCGCGUUAAACGCGAGUCGGCGAGAGAAGGACAUCAUCCGCCACUACGAGAGUUUGCCGAGCACCUCGGAGAGGCUCGAGGAAGUGUCUGGAGGCGACGGCGCGACCCAAGAGGCUUCAGGCUCUCACUUUCCGCUUGACGAAGGCAAAACCUCCGCCAUGCUCCGGACGCGCCCGAGUCGAGAGCGGGGGUUCGAUGGGCAGGGAGAAACUGAACGAUUUUCACAUCGGGAGCUCCAGGUUGCAGCGAUUGACGGCGGGGGCGAGAGUUCGUCAGGAGAUUUGAGGGAGAGUAGCGACCGCAUGGUUCCGUCCUUCUCGUCUCCAACUGCCAACGACGUCAUUCGGGCCUUGGAGGUGCGGGGAGACAAAGUCGUCAGUGAAUCGCAAGCACGGGAUGGCACAGGGAAGGCGCUGGAACAGACGACGCCGGCCUCUGCCUUUUCGACCGCGGGCUGGGUGAGUCGGCCGCCGCCUCCAGGAGUUCUCAAGUAG